ACAGGAACCAGAACCAGCACCGCCAAGGAGUGUUCCUCGUCGUGAACAUGUCGUCAGAUAAGGGUGUGGAGGUGGUGGGCUGUGACGCCUCCAUCAUGAAGAACGUGUGGGAGAUCCGAGAGAGGGAGUACGAGCAGAAGAUGAGGAUGGAGGAGGAGCGAGUGGCCCAGAGCGCCCUGCCUGCGAUCAACCAGGACUGGGCCAAUCGGCUGCUGGCCAGACAGCCCAACUACAAGAGGUCCGAACGCAAAGCCAAACCCGUUGAGCCUCCGAUGGAUGAAGCCAACAUCUGGAAGUCCAAGAGUCCCCAGCCCCGCGCCCCAGCCCCCCCUCCUGCGUCUCGCGGUCUAGGUUCAGGUCCAUCGGCCAGACCGGGAAUCCAAACCCGAGGCGUUCCCACUUCAGGCAAGGAUAAGAAGGUGGACAAGAAGGCGGUGGAUAAGAGUGCACAUAAACUCCAGUUACUGGCCUCCGUCACCCAGACCCAGCCUUCUCCAAUGGUCUGGGGGAAGGCUUGGAAGUACAACAAGUGUGUGCCACCACCACCAGAGGGCACUGAAGCCAUUACAAACUGGGGCCAGUGCUGGGUGUUUGCAACCAAGCAGCCUUUCUCUGAAGCAGGUCAACCUUGGCCCAACGGUCCGAGCAAAAUGGAUCCUCAAAGCCUCCAUCUGUGGAACAAACCAGGCCACAGGAUGGUGGAAUCACAAGAGCUGGACCUGAAUCUGUGCAACGAGGAGUGGAAGAUGUCCUGGAAGAACCCUGAGAAAGACAACAAGGACCAAGGUUCUGCUCACGGUCAGAAGGGAUUCUUCGCUUCACUGGUUGAAACGCAACAACACAAUGAAGCACUGUGCUCUUCAGAGUGGAGGGAUUCAUGGCAGUCCACCAAGUCGUCAAACCAGGAGCAUCCGUCUACCGUUCUGCAUCAUGAUGCUAAGGCUAACACGCAGGACAGUUGUGAAAUGAUGAGCUCUGAGUGGGAUGAAUGUUGGAAACUUGGUAACCACUACGGCUGUGGUAACACCAGGUCGCCACAAGGUCAGAAAUUCAAAGCUCCACAGUGGGCCGGCUCAUGGAGGGCCACUACCAUGGUGUCUGGAGACCACAACAAAUCUGACGCCUCCAUGAAGGAAACCAGUAGCAACCGCAAACCACAGGACAAGUUGGUUGUUGUGCCUUGUGAGCGUAAGCCCAGAAUUAUGGAUUUGGAGUUUAACGAUGAAUUCAAGGGAUCAUCGGAGUGGAGCAAUUCAUGGCAGGUGAACAAAACCAGUUCAAAACCCUCUGAAGAACUAGAGAAAGUACUAAAAGCUCCACCCCCAAAGACUGACGCUCCUGUGAUGGUUGAAGAGAAACCAAAGGUGAAUUAUUCAGCAUCAGCGGACACAAGCCCUGACUUUACCAAACUGAGACAUGAAGUCGUCUUUCGUCCUAAACGGGAAAUCACCCACACGAUGCUGCUCCGUUUGAAACAUCUGGAGAAGGUUUCAUCUGGAUCUGAAUGGAGAGACUCCUGGAAGAUGCUGAAACAUCGUAUGAGGAUGGAGCGACAAAGAAUGAGGCCAGAACCUUCAAAUCCUUUCAGGGAGUCUGAGAAAGAAGCGACGAUGAAAGCUGACGAGUGGAAAAACUCGUGGAAAUACACCUGCCGACCCCUGGGUCAGGAUGACCAGUCCUGGCAACAGCCUUGGCUCAGCACUCGCCCAGUCCGAGUCGACCGUGCGACGGCCUCCAACCACUUCGCUCCAGCGGACUCGCAGAGGAAUGGGCCCACACAAGAACGGAACUGGAUGGAAUCCUGGAGGUUCUCCAGGCGCCAGCACAGAUCUGAACCUGAGAAGAACCCUGGACAGAGAAGUUCUGGAGUGACUUCCAGACAACCUGAACGCAGACAAGUGGAGCACCAGGAGCAGACGGGUUCCAGGAGGUCAGUGGGCCUAUGGCAGGAGUCCUGGAUGUUCUCUGAAACCGAGAACCGUCCUGACUCUACAUGGAACCCCUACCAGUGGAGCGAGGCCUGGAGGUUCUCCGUCUUCCACACCGAGCCGGUGAACGAGAACAAAUGGACCAAUGAACUGAUGGAGAUCAGAGCUCAGAGGGAGAACAUUUCACUACACAGAGCGCAAACUAAGAUGAGUCGAUCUUUUAACGAGCAGAUGUUUAGGGAACGAUACCCAGAGAAGCAGUGGAGUUCUUCCUGGAAAUCUGGACCACUUCAUAGACAAAAUGUGAACCAGGUUUCAGGAGGAAAGAAGACUUUGGUAUCUCCCAUCAGCAAUGAAUGUGGAUGUAAGUGGGGGAGGUCCUUCAGACUGGCCAACCCUAUGCCUAAGACGGAGCAGAAAUGGGUGGAGACAUCUGCCAGCCCAUGUUACUACGAGGUCAUGUGGUCAAGACGCAACAAGGUCCGUGACAACAAGAAUAUCAUCUUCAUUAGUAACUCCAGAAUCCUCAAAAUGUGGGAAACCUCCCCCAAGUUCCUGCAGAGCUUUCUCCCAAAGCUCAAAAAUGUGGGCGGUCCUAAAGAAUCAGCUGAUCCCUGUGAGAUCAUCGCCAAGAAGAUCCAGCUGAAGAAGCAUUUGUACUCGACUAUUGAGAAGGAGAACCAGGCCAAAAAUGCACAAGCUAACAAGAAGUGGGCAGGGUGCCACUCACUGGGCAAAACCCAGCCCCGCCCCAAAAGAGGGGCCGGCCCGGCAAAGAAGGCCAAGAUGGAGGAGGAGCCCAAUGACAAGAUGAUGGAGGAGUGGGUGGAGUCCUGGAGGUUCGUGGUCCGACCCCAGAUGCUGAAGAAUCAGAUGAAGAAGUCACUGGUGGGUUGGACCGAGUCGUGGAGGUUCCUUAUCCCACCGUACCAGGUUCUGAAUGGACCCAAGUCCAAGUAGGCCACACCCACAACAGACACGGAACCAGGAUCAACAGGAACUGAUGGAACCAACUGGAACUGAAAGAUGUGUGUAGUUCAAAUGUAGGAUGGUAGCGGUACGUUGGUUUGGAGGUCAAAUGAAGGACGGUUGUUGUUUCUGAGACUGUGUUGAAUUAAA